GCGGGCCCCGCCCUUUCCUCCCUCCUCUUCUCCGCGUUGGUUCCGCUCGCAGCAGGAUUUAGCCGCCGCCUGCCGUCGUCUCCGCCUGUGUAGCUUGCAGCGAGGGGUUCCUGGACGUUUUCUCUUUGCCUUAAAGUCGGGUGUCUUUUAUGAAUAAUCAAAAGCAGCAGAAGCCAACGCUAUCAGGCCAGCGUUUUAAAACUAGAAAAAGAGAUGAAAAAGAGAGGUUUGACCCUACUCAGUUUCAGGACUGUAUUAUUCAAGGUCUAACUGAAACUGGCAGUGACUUGGAAGCAGUAGCAAAAUUUCUUGAUGCUUCUGGAGCAAAACUUGACUAUCGCCGCUAUGCAGAGACACUCUUUGACAUUCUGGUGGCUGGUGGCAUGCUGGCCCCAGGUGGUACUCUGGCAGAUGACCUGAUGCGUACAGAUGUCUGUGUAUUUGCAGCACAAGAAGAUCUAGAAACCAUGCAAGCAUUUGCUCAGGUUUUUAACAAGCUAAUCAGGCGUUACAAAUACCUGGAAAAAGGCUUUGAAGAUGAAGUCAAAAAGCUGCUGCUGUUCCUAAAAGGUUUUUCAGAGUCUGAGCGGAACAAACUGGCCAUGUUGACAGGUAUCCUCUUGGCCAAUGGGACACUUAAUGCAUCAAUUCUCAACAGCCUCUACAAUGAGAAUUUGGUUAAAGAAGGUGUUUCUGCAGCUUUUGCAGUAAAGCUGUUCAAAUCAUGGAUCAAUGAGAAAGAUAUUAACGCAGUGGCUGCUAGCCUUCGUAAAGUCAACAUGGACAACAGACUGAUGGAACUCUUUCCAGCCAACAAACAAAGCCUUGAACACUUUACAAAGUAUUUCACUGAUGCAGGAUUAAAAGAACUUUCAGAAUAUGUUCGGAACCAACAAACCAUAGGAGCUCGUAAAGAGCUGCAGAAAGAACUUCAAGAGCAGAUGUCACGUGGAGAUCCAUUUAAGGAUAUAAUCUUGUAUGUCAAGGAGGAGAUGAAGAAAAAUAACAUCUCAGAACAGACUGUGAUAGGCAUAGUCUGGUCUAGUGUAAUGAGCACUGUGGAAUGGAACAAAAAAGAGGAGUUGGUAGCAGAACAAGCCAUCAAGCACCUGAAGCAAUACAGCCCUCUGCUUGCUGCCUUUACUACCCAAGGUCAGUCUGAACUGACGCUGUUACUGAAGAUUCAGGAGUACUGUUAUGACAACAUUCACUUCAUGAAAGCCUUCCAGAAAAUAGUGGUGCUCUUUUAUAAAGCUGAAGUUCUGAGUGAGGAACCCAUCUUGAAAUGGUAUAAAGAUGCACAUCUUGCAAAAGGAAAGAGUGUUUUUCUGGAACAAAUGAAAAAGUUUGUGGAAUGGCUCAAGAAUGCUGAAGAAGAGUCUGAGUCAGAAACUGAAGAGGGUGACUGACUUGUGAAACUGUGUCCUCAGUAAAGCAAACAGGAGCUGUAGAUAAAUGUCAUGUCUUGUGUGUCUUUUUUGGUUCUUACAUCCUACCUCCCUGUAUCAAGCAUGAUACAAGGGCUCUCAUGGCAAAUUUAUUUUAACUGUUUUUCUAUAGUUAUUGAAGAUACUGGUUUUAGUUUUUAAAACCAUGUUUUAAGUAGCUUACAGGAGCUAUAGAUUUGACUCUAACAUUGCAUUAGUCCUUUCAGUUAUGUUUCUACCUCCUGUAUUUUCUACUGUAAUAAUGUAACUAAGGCCUUCCACAACCACAAAUCAUUUUAUCUUGGGUUUUCUAUAUAAACAUUUACAAAGUAGUCAUAAUUUGGUAAAUGAGAUUUGUUAUGGAAAUUGUUUGCAAAUUAAACUACGUGUCUCACCUCCAAAAGGCCAUGGGGGACAGGUGAUUUGGCAUGAAACUUGAGAAAUUGUACUAACUGGUAUGGAAAUAGCUUCUCUAUGUAAGUCUCUUGACUUCACAAGCACUGGCUUAUGCAGGUAUGUUCUUCAAAGUAAUACUCUAAAUAUGUAUUGGCUAGACUUUUAUAUGGGGGGGCUGCCAAAAAUACCUAAGAACUUAAAUUUGUUUCUGUACAACUUCUAGAUCCCUAGUUUUGCCAUUCAAGUGGAAGACAGCUCUCAUACACCUGACCCUGGCUGGCAAGAUUCUGUAGUCAAACUUUUCUCCUGCAAGCAAAGCAAGCAGGCAUUCUGAGCCUACUGGCUGUCACAUGCCUGUUUCAUGUAUGUUUCCAAAGACCUAUUAAACUUGCCCUUGAAAGUUUUAAUGCCAUGUACUCUUAUUGGUUAUGGAUCACUAGAACUCAUGCUCUAAAACUGCAUAAUUAACAUCUCCAAUAGCAAAGGGGGAGACCAAAAAGUCAAAGUGUGGCUGCAGUUAUAAUUUUCUACUAAAGGCAAACUACUGUUCAGUGGUACUGGGUCAUAGUUUUAACUUGCAUACUGCUCAGGGUCCCACUGCUAAUUUCUGCUUCACCUCAAACCAAACCCUUUCCCCUACCCCUCAUCACUGAGUUUCUAUAGUGUUAAAUGCAUGGUCAUUAGAAGGUAGGAUUAAGACAUACUGUGCACAUGCAUCUUGUGGCAAUAGGCUUACUAAUGCUACCAGUUUUCAAAAACCCAGCUAUGCUAAACACUGAAAUGUCUGGAUUCUUAAUGGCAUCACUUUCUCAGGACAUCCUUGUUGAAUCAAGAAUAGAGAGACCUUUGGAGCCAUGUUGUCAGAACCUAAUGAAAAGAAUAUUAUUUCCCCUUGUGAGUGAAGUACUUGUUAAAUGAGUGAUCUUGGUAGAACUUUGGUGCACAGAUGUAUUCAAUAGGUUUCUACUGUAGUGAUCUGCUUCCUUUGUAACUUGUCUUCUAAAGAUUUUUUUAAAUAAAGUCCAUCCUUCAGUUUUGCCAAA